CCUUGUCGCCAGCUUACAUAGUAGGUUUUAAACGCCCAAUACGGGAGGGGAAGCUUCACAGAGCACUUGACAGCAUUGCAUGGCCGUCUAGUUUUAAUCUCCUGCCCGUCUUGUCUGUGUCCUACCCCAUGCGCGGACCCAUCGGACAAGACCCCUUUGGUGGCUGUUUGGUAACCGGCAUUAUACCGGUAGUAUCUAGUCUAUUCUGCCCUUGUCGAUAUAUCGCUGGCUAUGUGACAAGAUGUGUCCGUACAUCGUAUACCAUCUGCUCGAUGCCCACACCAAGUAAGCGGUGAGGGGACUCCCAAUUCACAGAAGAGGGUGUCUUCAUUUGUUG